GGGGGGCGGGGGGCCGACCUCAACUGGGAAGGGUCUGUGUUCGAUCCCCUGCGGCCUUCCCCUAUUGUCCCUUCUUGUUUGGGGGGGGCUCACCUAGAAGAACCGAGACCUCAUGGGGGAGGGGGCGGGCCCCAUCGGCCCCGUGGCCCUGGAAGGGGAUGUCCUCUCCUUUGCAGCACCCCCAGGAGCUGAGGUGGGGCGCGUGCAAAACCCUGGCCCUUUUUCACCUAUGUACCCUUGUGCACGCUGCCUGGCACACAGUAGGUGCCUAAUAGGUGCCACUGGCCGGGCCCGGAGGGAGCCUUGAAGGCUUGAAGGACGCCCACAUGGCUCACCCCCGGGGUGAGCUGUGGUACCCCAUGCCCUUUCAGCUCCUGUGCCAGGCAGUGCCCCCCGUCCUUGGUUCCUCCCGCAGCAGGCCGACAUUCUCGUCCAGAUCCAGCCUCUCCCUCUGCAAGGGGCCCCCUCUCUCUCUCAUUUCGGGGACCCCCUAUUCCCGUGCUCACAGCACUCUCCAGUGCAGGGUGCUGCUUCUGCCUGCAGCCUCAGCCCUUCCUUCCUCUACCGGACCCCGGCUCCUUCAUCUCCAGAAUGGCCCCAGUCCCUCUCUGCAGGGAGGCCCCAGUUCUGUCUCCGUGGUUCUCAGUUCUCUUCGGCCCCAAACUUGCCUCCUGAAGAACCCCCUUCCCUCCAGCCCCAAGCCCUCUCGUUACAGAGUGCUUGGCUGUCCCCAACCCCAGAGCUGCUCCCUGAAGGAGGCACCUCUUUCCUGUGCCCCGAGUCCCUCCCAUUCCCCCCAGACCAGAUCUCACCUCCUGAAUGGGGAGCCAGCCCUGGGCGGCAGCCCUACCACUUCUCUCUGCAGUGUGUUCAGUUCCCUUCGUCCCCAAGGGCACCCCCUGAAAGGGAGACCCCUUCCCUCCAGGGCCAGUCCUUCCUACUCUAGGACAGUGCCAGGUUCCCCACUGAUUAAACCACACCCUCUGCUGAAGGGAUCCCUUCCUGCCAGGGCCAGCCCCGCUCCCUGCAGGACUGUGUCCCCUUCUUCCUGGCUAAAAGCCCACCCCCUGAAGGGGAAACCUAUUGCCUUCAGCCCCAACUCCUCUAGAGGCAAAACCCCAUCUUCCUUGAGGCCCAGAUCCCACCUGCCCAAGGGAGCCCCUGGUCCCUCCAGUCCCAAGCCUUCCCAUUCCCUGCAGCCCAAAUCCCCACCUUUAAAGGCAUGCUCUGUUUUCUCCCACUGCCAGCUGCCUUGUUCUGCCAAAGUUCAGUCUCCUCUGCUGCUGGGGGCCCCCUUGCCCUCUGACCCCAGUCUGUCCUGCAGGGGCUUGCUCCAUUCCCUGCAGCUCAGCCCCUCCAGACACAGGGGUCUGGCCUUCCCCAUGGAUGUGGUCCUUGCCUCCCCAGAGCUCCUGUUUUCCCCCCUGGCCCAGGACUUCAGAGAGAAAGAGCUGGGUAUCUCCUUCCUCGCCUUGCCCAGACUCUCCUCCCAGGGGAUCCCUCCCAACUCCCCCACUUCUGGCUUCAGUCCCACCCCAACCCCCUGCUCCCUUUAUCCUGGCCUGGGUUCCCCUGGGUCGCAGGAUGGCCACACCCCAACUCUGUGUCCCAGAAUGAUCCAGUCUGUCCCCCUGUCUGGGGUGAGCAGGGAACUUGGAGAGCCCCGAGCCUUUUCAGGGGGGGAUGCUGGUCAAGGAUGGGACUUGGAGAAGGUCGCCCUGCAGCCACAAUAUGAAGGACGGCAUCUCUCGGGGCCUGCUGUCUCGGUUUGGCCCUGGCCCCGUGGUGGUGGCCACCAGCUGGGGUCCACCUCAGGUUUUGGCUGUCUCUUCUGGCCAUGUUCCAGUCACACUUCCCACAUGAGCUCUGCGGGGGCUCUGCCUGUCCGGAAACAUCUCCAGCUGUGCUCUCCUGCCCCUGUCCCCAGCAUCUGCAGCCUUCCCCAAGGGCGAGUCCACCCGGAGGGGAGAGCUUUGGCUCUCCUAAAGCAUCAGUAAAGUGGGGGAGUGUGGAAAAUGAGGACUCACUUCUCGGUGGUGCCAAGGCCCCAGGGACACCCUCCAUAACCUCCAGCCAGAGGGCAGGAUGGGCUGCUUCCUAAGGGAGCCAGCUCUCCAGGCAGAGAGGCCUCUGAGCACAGGGGGGGCUGCCCUUGAGCUCAUGGUCCGAUGAGGGAGACCCCUGGUCUGAUGAAUUGGGGGCUGGAGAGUGUUCCAGUCACAGAAGGGAAGUGGAAAGAAGGGGCGGAGGACUGGGUUUAGUCCUUGAGGGAACCAGGAACCCCUGCAUAGGGUUGGGUCACUGUGGCACCCGAGGGCCUGGUGGACUGGAGGAAGGGCCGGAGCCUGCACCCCAUCUGUGUGUGGGAGCGGUAUCGCGGUUGUGAGCCUGAGGGACUGAGCUAGGUGAUAAUGGGAGAGGGUUCAAUUUUGGAUGUGCCAAGUUGGACAUCAGCAGAGAGACCUGGGAGGCAUCUGCCCGGGGCUGGUAAUUAUGCUGGGGGAGUCUGAGAGAGCAUGGAGGGCCCAAGGAGGAUGAGAAAGAGCAGUCAGACAAGGUGAGGGAAAGCAGAUGUUGAGCCGGGCCCUGCCCUGAGGACCGUACAGAUACGACUGCCGUUGCAUAGUUGUGGAAACCAGGUGAAACGAUUCAUCCAGGAUCACACAGCCGGUUGUUGUUGGAGGCCGACUCCAGGCCAUGCACUGCGCGUAUUGUGUGGCUGUGAUUUGUCCUUCUUGACGAGGACUGUGACGUCAGGAAGCUGAUGCCACGUCAUGCAAGUGAAUUAGAUUUAAGUGAGGGAGGGCUGUCCUCCAGAGACAUCUGGGCCCAGUGGCCAGAUAUAGACCAGGAUGACUGGAGAUGGCCCAGGGUGCAGUGGAGGCCUCAGGUCAUUGGCACUUACUAUUUAGUUACCAAGGCUGCCCAGAGGUCAAGGAGGAUGAACGUUCAGAAGAGGCCGCCAGAUUGGGUGAUGAAGAGAUCAUGGGUUACUUUGGAGGAAGUUCUUUGGGUGGAGGCCAGACUGGCGCGUUGAGAGGAGAAGAAGUGGGGGCACAGAUUCUAGCGUCCACAAAAGGGGGGAGGGGAGGCUUGGGCAGGUUUGUAGGCACCGGGGAGAGACUGGCGACAAGUGGGGGGGAUCUCUUGGAGAAGAUGGGGUGGAAGGUGGUCGCCUGAGCAGGUGGAGAGGGGAUGGGGAAGAAGAAGGGCCCAGGGGGUCACAGAGAGGAAGAGGGAGGAGAGUGAGCUCACGGUUUUAGGCCUUGGCUUUUUCUGUAGAAUAGGAGGCAGGAUCUCAGCUGAAUUGGCAGUGGGGAGCCAUGGGAGGUUUGGAAGGGCCUCUGUGGGGAGUCUGACAUGUCCUCUCCAUUCCCUCUUCCCGUCUUCCUUCUUUGGGCACUUCAUCUAAUUCAAUAAGCCCUUUUAGGCACCUUCCCUGCCCCAUGGGACAAAGGGGUGAAAAGGAAGUUAGGGGGAGAGGAUUUGGUGGGGCCCCCAUCUCAGCCCCUGCUUUCAGGGCUGCUCCAGGGGAGGUGGGAGGGCUUCUUUGUGGAGUUUCAGUGGUCAGCAGAGGGAGUAGGAUAUGAGGGAUCAGGUGGCUUACUCAGCCCUCGGGGGGAUGCACUGAGCAAGGGGCAUUUGGAGGUUACCUUGUUCAGGCUCUGCACUUUGCCCAGGAAUACACUGAGGAAGCCCAGAGCAAGGAAGAGACUUAGCCAAGAUUAUCCUUGGGUCUCCUGCCCGACUUCCAGUAGGUCUGGGCUUCCUCCAGGUCCUGCACGGAGGCCAGCGAUCCAGGCAGCACCUGCUGGGGCAGGUGCAGUGAGGAAAGUUGGUGCCAGCCUUGGCCCUCUGGCCCACAGUCCCCUCCCACCUGAGGAGAGGUCUUUGCCUUGGGUGAGGGGGCACAUUAACCCUCCAACAAAUGGACUUAGAAUCUGGAGGAUGGAGUUACAAUCCUGCCCCAGAUGUGUAGAGCUGUGUGACUUCUCUCAUCCUCAGUGUAUUUACUUAUAAAAUGGAAGUGAUGUCACCUGCCUCUCAGGGUUGUAAAUGCUCAGCAGGCUUCCUUAAAAGCACCAUAUAAAUGUUAGCUGUUGUCACGUUCUACAGAUAAAGGAUGAGGCAGUCCAGAGCAGAUCACACAGCAAGUGAGUUGAUAGGGUCACAGGAUUUAGACACUUGAGAAGUCACCAAGUUGGACCCCAACACGUAGACACACAAUGGAAAACUUCACAGCCCAGUGUGGCCUGUGGUGGUGUGCACCUGAAGUCUGAGCUGCAAUAGGGAGUGAGGCUGAUAGAAUAGCCCUGCAAAAUCUUCUCCUGUGCCCAUCAGCCUGGGCUCAGAAACAACACCAGAACCUUAAGCUGUCUCAGAGGGAGCGCAGGCCCGGAGCAUGCCUCCAGACUUGGGCCAGUGGCCUGUGGUCACACCUGCCUGUCCAGUUACAGACCCCAUGGGGUGUUUCAACAAUCUGGCCAGCAGCUGUUGUGGGAGUGAAAGACCAACAUAAACCCAACAACAAGAAUGCUACCAGCACGCCGCAAAAGCACAGGUUCUUUUGAUCUGCUUAACUAAGGAAAGCAAGGUUAAGGGUUGACAAGCUUACUUUAAUUCAGCAUAUAAAUAUCAUUCACUUAGUUCAGGGGGAAAGACCAGCACCCUGAACUUCAGAGCAAAAUACAAAGUACAAACAUCAACAGACAGACCUUGUCUGAUUCAAAUCCCAAUACAUAGUUACCAGAGUUUAACAAAGUCCCAACAUCUGGGUUUACGAGCUGCAGGGCUUCUUGGCUACAGCUGCCCGGGAGUCUUCAAACACCACCAAGAGGGAGAGCCCUGCGCAAAUGGCUCUGUCUUCUCUUCUUAUAGGGUUUCAGAUGUCAUCCAAAGUCAUCUGAAUUAGGCUGCUAUGAUUGGCUCUUGAGUUAGCACCACCCCUUGGUACCCUGGGAGCUUCACACCCACAUAGGCUUAGCACCUAAUAGGGGUUUUGGCCUGGGGCUUAGCACCUGGUAAGACUCAAGACAGGCAUGGCUCUGGAGUUAGCACCUCCCCUUAGUUAGCCCCACCUUGGGCCCCACCUUAGUUACUAAUCCAUACCCACAUAGGUUUUACACCUAAUAGGGGUUUGGGCCUGGGGUUUAGCAUCUAGUAAGGCUCAAGGAAAUACACUGAAUUACUCAAAACAAAAGCCAACUAAGUGCUAAGAGCCCAUUUUGCUUACCAACACAUGGGGUCACACGCAGAUGUACGCAGAAGACCCCUGGCACUGUGCUUCAUUUUCCCCACUUAUAAGGCAGAGCCCUCUGGGCCUUCCACCAUCAGUGUUGUGAGGCUUUCUCGAGAGGAACAUGAGGGACGCUGAAAGAGCUCCAGGCCUUGAGCCAUGGGUAAGGGUGCCUGGCAUGCCUCUUCCCCUGGAGAGGGGUGGAGGGGGUGUGUAUGUGGAGCGAGUGCUGUUCUUUCCAACCCCACUCCCGCCAGGCACACCCUUUGGGGAACAUCUGGAUAUGGCUUUUAAAAAUACUAUAACUUAUCAUAGGUAAUAGAAUAUUAAUAAAAUCAAUGAAACUUACUUGGGC